CGCCAUUAAACAACAGGGAGGCAAUGUAAACCAUGGAGUGUCGCGGAUUCGUGCCAUGAUUUGAGGAGCGCACCGCGUUUUCCAAGGUGCGGGUUGUUCAGCGAGAGGUUAGUGUGUCCAUAAAGGUAAACAUGUGAGCGCUUAAAGGAGUCGGAAAAACUCGCACUGGGCAACGGCUUGAUAGCGCAGGAGGAGGGGGCUGGACGCGAAGGGUUUGUUGUGGUUUUCACCAGCACUUGACAAACGAGCUCAGUCGCCAGACGACAAAAAAAAGUGAUUCACAAUGACUGAACCGAAGAUAAAAUGGGCCUGUGACUACUGCACCUAUGAAAACUGGCCAUCUGCACUCAAAUGCACAAUGUGCCGUGCACAGAGAUCAAGAGGACCCAUCAUCACGGAGGAACCUUACAAGAUCAGCCCCGAUAGGGAUUCCGGUUUGAAGUGGGACCCCCCCAGAACUGAGAGUGGCAGCAGCCUCCUUAUCUGCCCUGACUCCAGCGCUAGGCCUAGAGUGAGGUCAGCCAGCAUGGCGGAGAUCGCCAGCAAGUGGUCGUGCCAGAUGUGCACAUACCUGAACUGGCCCCGGGCCAUCCGCUGCACACAGUGUCUGUGUCAGCGCCCGAGGACCAGCAGCCCGACUGAAUCCCCCCACACGUCGGGGUCCAACGCAGGUUUUCGACCAGCCCUCCACUCUCCCGUGGACACCUGUGAGGAGUACAACGACAGAAACAGACUGAACAUGCACCAGCAGCACUGGACAUGUACAGCAUGCGCUUACCAGAACUGGCCCAAGACUAAGAAGUGUGUGGUGUGUGACAGCCCGAGGCCCAACAACCAGGAAACCAUAGAGCUGGCGGAGUCUGCAGAACCAUCAUCCAUCAUCAAUGAGCAAGACAGGUCUCGGUGGAGGGGAGGUUGCAGUGGAAGCCAAAGGAGGUCCCCUCCUAUGGCCAAGAAGGAAGACGCUGUCCAAAGGGACUUCCAGAGGAUAGAGCUUGCAGCUGGAGCCAUGAGCAGCAAAGAGGAGCAAGAGGUUGACUUCAAGAAACUGAAGCAGAUCAGGAACAGAAUGAGGAAGACAGACUGGCUGUUCCUCAAUGCUUGUGCCGGCGUGGUGGAGGGCGACCUGACGGCGGUGGAGGCCUACAAGUCGUCCGGGGGCGACAUCGCCCGGCAGCUCACGGCCGACGAGGUGCAGCUCCUCAACCGGUCCUCGGCUUUUGACGUGGGCUUCACCCUGGUCCACCUGGCUAUUCGCUUCCAGAGGCAGGACAUGCUAGCCAUCCUGCUAACAGAGGUGAAUCAGCAGGCAGCUAAGUGCAUCCCCUCCAUGGUGUGUCCUGAGCUGACGGAGCAGAUCCGGAGGGAGAUCGCAGCUUCGCUACAUCAACGCAAAGGGGACUUUGCCUGCUACUUCCUCACUGACCUGGUCACCUUCACGCUGCCUGCAGAUAUCGAAGACUUGCCGCCCGCUGUCCAAGAAAAACUGUUCGAUGACGUCUUGGAUCGAGACGUGCAAAAAGAGCUAGAAGAGGAAUCCCCCGUCAUCAACUGGUCUCUGGAACUGGGCACACGUCUGGACAGCCGUCUGUACGCCUUGUGGAACCGCACCGCUGGAGACUGUCUGUUGGACUCCGUCCUACAGGCCACCUGGGGCAUCUACGACAAGGACUCUGUCCUCCGCAAGACCCUCCAUGACAGUUUGCAUGAUUGCUCCCACUGGUUCUAUACGCGCUGGAAGGAGUGGGAAUCGUGGUAUUCACAGAGCUUCGGUUUGCAUUUCUCCCUGAGAGAGGAGCAGUGGCAGGAGGACUGGGCUUUCAUCUUGUCUUUAGCGAGCCAGCCUGGGGCCAGCCUGGAGCAAACCCACAUCUUUGUUCUCGCGCACAUUCUUCGCAGGCCGAUCAUCGUCUACGGAGUGAAAUACUACAAAAGUUUCCGUGGUGAAACGUUAGGAUACACUCGUUUUCAAGGCGUGUAUCUGCCUCUGCUGUGGGAGCAGAGCUUCUGCUGGAAGAGCCCCAUCGCCCUGGGUUACACGCGGGGCCACUUCUCAGCCUUGGUGGCCAUGGAGAACGACGGCUACGACAAUCGCGGCGCUGGAGCCAACCUCAACACCGACGACGACGUCACGGUCACGUUCCUGCCGCUGGUCGACAGCGAGAGGAAACUGCUGCACAUCCACUUCCUGUCUGCACAAGAGAUGGGCAACGAGGAGCAGCAGGAGAAGCUGCUCAGGGAAUGGCUGGACUGCUGCGUGACAGACGGAGGCAUGCUGGCAGCCAUGCAGAAGAGCUCUCGCCGCCGUAACCACCCCCUGGUCACCCAGAUGGUGGAGAAGUGGUUGGACAGAUACCGCCAGAUCCGCCCCUGUGCCUCUCUCUCUGACGGCGAGGAAGAGGACGACGAAGACGAGUGAGAGAGAGAGAGAGAGGGUAAAGACGAAGGAGAGCUUGUAGCGUGAGGUUGGACACUUUAGGCUCUGAGAGAUUACCUUGCUAUUUACAUUUCUGUUUUUCUUUCUCCAACAUGCUACGUCUUUACUUGUAACAAUGCAUGUGUUCUGUGAUCCCUGUAAUAGAUAAAAAAAAAAGUACCAGCACCAAGAAACAGAACCCUGAUUACUGCUCCUAUGAAAGCACAUAAUGUCCAUUUAGUUCCAGUUUCUCUGCUCAUUAAAGUAAAUCUCUCCUCACGAGAGUAGUAGUAGGACGUAUAAGAACAUAUACUGUAUUUAAGGAAAUCCCAACGCUGCACUAAGUGAGAAAUUUAAUUUACAGAAUUGCCUGUCAGAAGAUGCUAAUUGUUGUGUGUUAAGGUUUAAAGCGCCCCAUUCUCCCUCUGCAGACCCUGAUGUUGGAUUUAUUUAUUCGUUAGGAGAGUUAGCACAGCGGCUUGACUUUGUUUUGUCCCCAGUUUUAAUCUGUGUUCUGUUUGAUCCUUUUCAGUCUUGAAGUAUUUUAUUUUGCACAGAUAAACCUACAUUCUGUGAGGGGAGGGGAAACACGACGUACAAGUUUACUGACAUUUUUAUGUGCGACUUAGUCGAUCAUGUUCAUUUUUUUUUUUUUUAAGAGAGGGUGGUGCUGAUGCUGGUGGGGAAAAGAACCAAACACUCUGCCUCUUUCUCUGGAGUGCAUUAAUAUUAAAUUUGACUCACUUGCACCCUC